CCAGCUCCUCCCUCCAUCACCAACUAUGGCCAGCAAACAUGCCCACAAUGCCCACCGAUCAGAAUCGAACACGUACAAUAACGAGGUACUCCGGAUUGUGAUGGUGGGGAAGACCGGUGUUGGGAAGAGCGCCACAGGAAACACCAUUCUGGGAAAAAAGUCCUUUGAAUCAAAGUUCUCUGCUAAAUCCAUGACUGUAAACUGUUCUAAUGCCGUUAGUGAAGUUGAUGGACAAAUAGUUAAGGUUAUUGACACUCCUGGUCUGUUUGACACCAAGAUUGAAGAAGAGGAGACCAGAAAGAACGUUGCACAGAGCAUUGGUUAUGCUUCUCCUGGACCCCAUAUCUUCCUGGUCGUCAUCAGACUGGGCAGAUUCACAGAGGAAGAAAAACAGACAGUGCAGAAGAUUCAGGAAAUCUUUGGAGAGGAAGCAGACAGAUACAGCAUGGUCCUCUUUACCCACGGUGACCUGCUCGAAGACCAACCUAUUGAAGAGUUCUUGAAGGAAAGCAAAGAGCUGCAGGAACUUGUGGCCAGAUGUAACGACCACUACCACGUCUUCAAUAAUAAGUUGAAGGAUCGUUCUCAGGUCAGAGAGCUGCUCGACAAGAUCAGAAAUAUAGCAGAUAAGAACGGAGGAAACCAUUACACCAGUUCAAUGUUCCAGGAGGCAGAGAGGGAGCUAGAAGAGGAAAAACAGAGAAUCCUUAAAGAGAGAGAAGAAGAAAUACGCAAACGGGAAGAGGAAUUUGAAAAAAAAAUAGAGGAAAAGUAUGAGAAACAAUUCCAACAAAUCAAAGAGGAUAAUGAGAGGAUAGAAAGGCAGUUGAAAGCUCGUAAAAGUGAAAUGGAGGAGGAGAUGAGGAAAAUUAGAGAAGAUCAUGCAAGCCUAAAAGCAGCUAACAAAAAAGAAUUGGAGGAGGGGAUGAGGAGAAUAAGAGAAGAGGAGGCAAGGCUGAGAGAAGCUAACAAAAUAGAAAUGGUGGAGGAGAUGAGGAGAAUGACAGUAAAAGAUGAAAGCCUAAAAGCAGCUGGCAAAAAAGAAAUGAAGGCGGAGAAGAGGAGAAUAAGAGAAGAGGAGGAGAAGAGGGCCAGGAAGGAUGCUGAGGAGAGCCCUUCAAUAAUUGAUGGGAUUUGUUCCAUUGCGAAAGCAGCUCAAAUUGACCCGAGCCAGGAUAGCGGCUAA